GGCUUCAGUAGAACCUAGCUGCUUGGGAGAAAGUAGUAGUCUCAUACAUGACUGUUCUGCAAGCUUGACUGUCUCCAUUGAUGUUCAAAUGACUGUUUUGCAGUAAAUAAAUCAGUUGUUCACUGGUUGACUGGUAAUUAUGGCUUAUAAACAACCUCAGCCUCGGGCGCAGUCAUAUAAAGUGAGAGCUAGCUACUACUUUCUCCCAAGCAACAUAGUCUAGAGUGUUAGUCAUAAAUAUCAUCAAUGCUCCAUCCUCUUGCUAGGUUGUUGCUGCUACGUUUGUCGUUAGCUAAAAACGUCAUAAAUCCAAACCGAUUGGCAGAACUUCAAGAAAUCCAUACAAACAUUGCUGUAUAAGCAGAGAUUCAAGCAUAGAAUGGAUAGAUUCAUUGCCAGCAUUCGCCGGAAAUACAAAGAAAGACUCUUGAAUCGUGAAGAGCAAUGGCCACCAGUUAGAGGAGACAGGCUCAUCAACUUGCAGUUAGUGGAGGGUGCAAAAGAAGAAGGAUUUAGAGCUGGCUUGCCACAACAUGGUGCAUCUGAUGAUAAGGUCAAACGUACUCCGAUUCUCCUUUACAACUUAUUUAAAGUCGAAGAAGGCAAGAAACCAGUGAGGAAGCUCAUCGUUGAAGGCAAUGCUGGGAUCGGUAAAACCACACUGUGUACCAUGCUUGCUGAGGGGUGGGCAGAGGGCAAGAUCUUGACACAAUUCGACUGUGUUCUGUUGCUUCCACUGAGAGAGAAUCGAGUGUCCUCUGCCACAAAUCUCACUGAACUGUUCAAACUUUUCCACUCCAGUGAGAGGAUCCGUACAACUGUUAUAGAAGAGUUGGAAGAGAGAGAGGGAGAAGGUGUCCUCAUCAUAGCUGAUGGCUGGGACGAACUCAGUGAAGAAAACCAUUCCAAAAUGUCCUUUCUGUAUGACUUUCUCUUUGGUGAUGUUCUUACAUUUGCUUCUGUUCUCCUCACCUCACGACCUUCUGCUUCAGCUCCUCUUCACAACCUUCCUUCAGUGGACCGUUUGGUUGAAGUAACUGGUUUUAAUGAAGACAGUAUCAAGCAAUACAUAGCAUCAGAGUUUGAACACUUCCCAGAGAAAGCUUCUUCUCUUAUGAAGCAGCUUGAGAACAACCCAGUCAUUCAGAGUGUGUGUUCUGUACCCCUCAAUUGUGCCAUUGUUUGUAACUUGUGGCACACUUUAGAUCAAGAGCUUCCUCAUACACUAACUGAGCUGUACACUCAAAUUGUUCUUAGUAUUAUCCUUCGCAAUGUUAAAAAGAAAUUCCCCGAUUGUCCGAUUAGCCUAAAUAGAUUUGAUGAGAUUCCAAAUGAUCUACAAGACACGUUCUGGUUCAUCUGUGAGUUUGCAUACGAAUGCUUAUUAUUAGAUCAGCUGGUUUUCUCAGAAGCUGAAUUGUCCUCUCGCUUGCCCGAAGUCGGUGACAAGUUGCAUUGCUUUGGUCUGUUGCAGUCGGCACGAUCACUUCUACCUGUUGGUCAUGGUCUGUCUUUUCACUUUGCUCACCUGACCAUCCAAGAGUUCUUGGCUGCCCUCCAUCUUGCUACUCUAGCCAAUGAGGAGAAACUGAAGGUUGUUAUGCCUCAUGCUAAAAGUGGCCGGUUCAGUAUGGUGUGGAGAUUUAUGUUUGGUCUUACUAGUAAGUACAAUGGUAGUCGUAGUGAUAAGGUGAUCAUUUUGAAUGAUAGUUUCAUGGAUCAAUUUCUGGUUGCUAGGAAUGGUUAUGCUACAAGAUUGAUCUCUUUAUGUCAUGUGGCUUUCGAAUCUUUAAACCCUAGAUUUUCAACCAAAGUUGGUAAAAUACACAAUAGGAAAUAUUCAUUACAUUUUAUAAACACUCCCUUUGACUUUGUAACUUGGUUCUAUGUUCUUCGUCAUGCUGCAAAAUGUGAUGAUAUAGAUAUCAUGAUCAUGAAUUGUGCAAUCGAUGAUAAACUGUUGAAGGAACUAACUGACAUACUUUCCGAUGCAAAUAGUAAACUGCAAGUCCGAAAAUUAUGUCUCCAACAUACUAAGUUGUCUGACAAAGGUGUUGCUAAUCUAUUAAAGAAAGCCUCAGCUGCCUUUACAACUUUAGGUGAACUCCUGUUGACUCAUAACAACUUCACUGACGUAAUGUCUUCAUUCAUCAACACAUCUUAUACGAGCCUCACAUUUUUAGACUUAUCCGACAACCCUCUUGGAGUAUCUGGCAUGCAGUCAUUAGAGACAGCUGUACAGUCUGGUGCUCUUAUCAACCUGAAGAUACUGGCGCUCUCCGAAACUCUCACUGACGAUGCUGACGUCAAUGGAGCUCUACUGACCACCCUCUUACAGUCCAUUGACUCUCAUUGUACUGGACUAGAAUUCUUAAACCUCUUAAAUAAUGAUAUUGGUUUACCUGGAUUAUGUUCAGUUGUGGAGAACAUUCCGUUACGAUUGAAUACGAUUUGCUUAGGAGCUACUCAUCUCACCACUUCAUUUCACUCGGAGUCUCAAUAUACAGUCACCUAUGAGAUGCUGGAUUUCCAUCCAAACAGUUUAACAAAAAUGGAUUUGACUGGCUCUAAUUUUGGAACUCUCUCACUGGCAAAGUUUCUUCAAGCAUUUCAAUCACUGGAAAGGCUUAGCUGCUCUGACUGUUCUCUCACCUCUGCUGACAUCAUAAUGCUUAUCCACCAUCUCAAGUCCGCUAAAGUGAUAUGUAAGAAUUUAAAGGAAUUGUUUCUCAGAGACAACUCCAUUGAUGAUGAGGGAGUGAUAGCUCUCACUGAGUGUCUACCAGAGCUGUUUCCUAGACUGAACAGAUUCGGCGCCAAUUACCUGGCUGGUAAGGUUGAUGUCCGUCGUAAUCCUGUGAGUGAGGAGUUGAUAGACAUGUGCAACAAACAGUUGAAGACCAUACAGGAAUCAAGGAAUUCUUCAGUGCUGACUGAGUGGGAGAGAACAUGUUUACCUCCACAAAAUGAAGAGAUGAAUCGUACUUUCCAUUCUCUUUGGGAUACACUACUGUCGGAGAUGAUUCGCAAAGCUUCAAUGAUAUCUUCAGCUGUUUCCAACGGCAUCCUUUCAUGGCCAACUGCUAACAAACCGGUGGAAUACAACCGAAUAGUUUGUGAGGUUGUGGAUACAGUGGACACUCCUAGUGAUGUCACUGAUCCAGACACUCUCAUCAAUGAACAGAGCUUCUCUCAAGCAUCACCAGUAGAGCACCACCCCACAGCUAGUGAAGAGGCUACUUGUACUACAGCCCUGCAGUCUACACACAGAACAGACCAACAUGCAACAGGAGCUAGUGGACCGAGGACUGUGACCAUUGAGGAAUUGAAGGAGUGUACACCAAUGAGAUCUUCCGAUGAUGAUGAUGAUGAUGAUGACAGCAUUGAUUCAUGGUAUUCCACUAACGAACCAGUAGAACACCAACCAAUAGAUGAGGUUGUGGAUACAGUGGACACUCCUAGUGAUGUCACUGAUCCAGACACUCUCAUCAAUGAACAGAGCUUCUCUCAAGCAUCACCAGUAGAGCUCCCUCCCACAGCUAGUGACGAGGCUACUUGUACUACAGCCCUGCAGUCUACCCACAAAACAGAACGACAUACAACAGCCUCUGCUGUACUGACUGAUGCUGUACCAUCUGAUGUCACUGAAGAAGAUACCUCACAAGAUGUCCUCACUUCAUAUCCACACACCAUUCCCUCAGGAGCUGGUGGACCGAGGACUGUUACCAUUGAGGAAUUGAAGGAGCGUACACAAGUGACCGACUCUCAACUUGACACUGAAAUUGAAGACACUGACUUGAUUAUUCUGGCAGAUCACUUUGAUAAUAUUGAAACAUAUUCUACUCUAUUUGAACUAACAAAUUCAAAAAAGCAAGAUAUUAUUGAUGAGAAGAUGAGGUACAACACUCAAGCAGCCAUGUCCCUGGCCAUGAAGCUGUGGAAGAGACGCAACCCUGCAGCUGCUACCUACAGAGCUCUGGUGGAGAUUGUGCUGAGUCUGAGAAAGGUCGAUGUCGCUACUACAGUGUGUGAAUUCCUGACUCGUAAAUCAUCUCCACUCUAAUCACAAGACUGCAUGUAAGGACUAGCUGCAUUGAAAAAAAUUACAUGAUAGCUAAAUAACAUGGAUACUGAAAAUAUAUAAUAGCUGUUGUAUAAUUAUGUGUCCCUGUCUUUGCUCUAUAGCUCAUUAUAUGUAUGUAGAUAUUUGUAUUUUGAUUUGAGAAAUGGGCAAUAAUUUAAACACAG